CGCCGCCACCGCCGCCGCCGCCGCCGCCGCCGCCGCCGCCGCGGUCGGGAGAUGGUUCGGGCCUAGCGGAGCGGGGACUGGAGCAACAUGAACCGUGAAGACCGGAAUGUGCUGCGCAUGAAAGAACGGGAAAGGCGGAAUCAGGAAAUUCAGCAGGGUGAAGACGCCUUCCCACCUAGCUCUCCUCUGUUUGCUGAGCCAUAUAAAGUUACUAGCAAAGAAGAUAAGUUAUCAAGUCGUAUUCAGAGUAUGCUUGGAAACUACGAUGAAAUGAAGGAUUACAUAGGAGACAGAUCUGUACCAAAGCUUGUUGCAAUUCCCAAGCCUGCAGUACCAACGACAACUGACGAGAAAGCAAACCCAAAUUUUUUUGAACAGAGACAUGGAGGCUCUCAUCAGAGUAACAAAUGGACUCCUGUAGGACCUGCACCCAGCACUUCUCAGUCUCAGAAACGGUCCUCUGGCUUGCAGAGUGGACACAGUAGCCAGCGGACCAGUGCAGGUGGUAGUGGCACUAGUAGCAGUGGCCAGAGGCAUGACCGCGACUCCUACAGCAGUAGCCGGAAAAAAGGCCAGCAUGGGUCAGAGCACUCCAAAUCGCGAUCCUCAAGCCCUGGAAAACCCCAGGCUGUUUCUUCAUUAAGUUCUAGUCAUUCCAGGUCUCAUGGGAAUGAUCACCAUAGCAAGGAACAUCAGCGCUCCAAAUCACCUCGGGACCCUGAUGCCAAUUGGGAUUCUCCUUCCCGUGUCCCUUUUUCAAGUGGGCAGCAUUCAAAUCAGUCUUUCCCACCUUCUUUGAUGUCAAAAUCUAGUUCAAUGUUACAGAAACCCACUGCCUAUGUCCGGCCCAUGGAUGGACAGGAGUCUGUGGAACCAAAGCUGUCCUCUGAGCACUACGGCAGCCAGUCUCAUGGUAAUAACAUGACUGAGCUGAAGCCCAGCAGCAAAGCCCAUCUCACCAAGCUGAAAAUACCUUCUCGGCCUUUGGAUGCAUCAGUUUCUGGUGAUGUAAGCUGUGUGGAUGAAAUACUUAAAGAGAUGACGCAUUCAUGGCCUCCCCCUCUAACGGCUAUUCAUACACCAUGCAAAACAGAACCUUCCAAAUUUCCUUUUCCAACUAAGGAGUCUCAGCAGUCUAACUUUGGCCCUGGAGAACAAAAAAGAUACAAUGCUUCUGCUAAAACAUCAAAUGGGCACCAGUCAAAAUCUAUGUUAAAAGAUGACUUAAAACUAAGCAGCAGUGAAGACAGUGAUGGGGAACAGGAUUGUGAUAAGACAAUGCCAAGGAGUACACCAGGAAGUAACUCUGAACCUUCACAUCAUAAUAGUGAGGGAGCAGAUAACUCCAGGGAUGACUCGAGCAGCCACAGUGGAUCUGAAAGCAGCUCUGGCUCCGACUCAGAGAGUGAAAGUAGCUCCAGUGACAGUGAGGCAAAUGAGCCUUCACAGAACGCAUCUCCUGAGCCUGAACCACCACCAACGAACAAGUGGCAACUUGAUAAUUGGUUGAACAAAGUGAACCCACAUAAAGUGUCCCCAGCUUCUUCUGUAGACAGUAAUGUCCCAUCAUCUCAAGCCUACAAAAAAGAAGGCCGAGAACAGGGUGCUGGGAAUAACUACACUGAUCCUGGAGGACCAAAAGAAACAAGUUCUGCUACUCCAGGACGAGACUCUAAAACCAUCCAAAAGGGAUCAGAAAGUGGACGCGGGAGGCAAAAGUCUCCUGCACAGAGUGACAGCACCACACAGAGGAGAACUGUAGGCAAAAAACAACCCAAAAAGGCUGAGAAGUCAGCUGCUGAAGAGCCCCGUGGAGGCCUGAAGAUAGAAAGUGAAACCCCUGUAGACAUGGCCACCAGCAUGCCCUCCAGCCGGCACAAAGCAGCCACCAAGGGCUCGAGGAAACCCAACAUCAAAAAGGAGUCGAAAUCCUCUCCUCGACCUAUAGCAGAGAAAAAGAAAUACAAAUCAUCAAGUAAAUCCUCCCAGAAAUCUAGGGAAAUCAUAGACACAGAUACCUCGUCUUCAGAUUCAGAUGAGAGUGAGAGCCCCCCUCCUUCCUCACAGACUCCCAAGUACCCCGAAAGCAAUAGGACUCCUGUCAAGCCCUCCUCCGUGGAGGAAGAAGAUAGCUUUUUUCGGCAGCGAAUGUUCUCUCCUAUGGAGGAGAAGGAGCUCCUUUCCCCACUCAGUGAGCCCGAUGACAGGUACCCACUUAUUGUGAAGAUUGACCUGAAUCUCUUGACUAGAAUACCAGGAAAGCCUUACAAAGAAACAGACCCACCCAAGGGGGAAAAGAAAAAUGUGCCAGAAAAACACGGGAGAGAGGUACAGAAGCAAACCUCAGAAAAGGCUUCCAGCAAAGGCAAGAGGAAACACAAGAAUGAUGAUGAUAACCGAGCCAGUGAGAGCAAAAAACCCAAAAUGGAGGACAAGAACUCAUCAGGCCACAAGCCAUCCAGCAACAGAGAGUCAUCUAAGCAGAGUAGUACAAAAGAAAAGGAUUUGCUACCUUCACCUGCUGGGCCUGUUCCUUCAAAAGAUUCAAAACCAGAGCAUGGCUCUCGAAAGAGGACUGUCAGUCAGUCAUCUUCCUUAAAAUCCAGCAGUACCAACAACAAGGAGAAUAGUGGCAGCAGCAAGAAUAGUUCCUCCACUUCAAAGCAGAAGAAGACUGAAGGGAAGGUUUCCAGCAGUUCCAAAGAGGCCAAGGAAAAGGCUCCAAAUAGUUCUUCUAAUUGUCCUCCAUCUACACCAACUCCUGAUUCUUCGAAGCCUCGGAGAACAAAGCUUGCCUUUGAUGACAGAAAUUAUUCAGCAGACCAUUAUUUACAAGAAGCAAAAAAACUCAAACACAAUGCAGAUGCUUUGUCUGAUAGGUUUGAGAAAGCAGUGUACUACCUUGAUGCUGUAGUGUCUUUCAUUGAGUGUGGGAAUGCAUUAGAGAAGAAUGCUCAGGAAUCCAAGUCCCCGUUCCCGAUGUACUCAGACACGGUAGAGCUCAUCAAAUAUACUAUGAAACUAAAGAAUUACUUGGCACCAGAUGCUACAGCUGCAGACAAAAGACUCACAGUACUCUGCCUGAGAUGUCAGUCAUUGCUGUACCUGAGGCUGUUCAAACUGAAGAAGGAGAAUGCUCUGAAGUACUCCAAGACACUGACUGAGCACCUGAAGAAUUCUUACAGUAAUUCUCAAGCACCUUCACCUGGCUUGGGGAGCAAAGCCGUUGGGAUGCCUUCUCCUGUUUCUCCAAAGCUGUCACCAGGCAAUUCUGGAAGUUAUUCUUCUGGGGGCAGUAGUGCUUCAGCAAGUGGUUCUUCAGUGACCAUUCCACAGAAGAUCCACCAGAUGGCAGCAAGCUAUGUCCAGGUUACAUCUAACUUCCUCUAUGCCACUGAAAUUUGGGACCAAGCUGAACAGCUUUCCAAAGAACAAAAAGAAUUCUUUGCUGAACUGGACAAAGUCAUGGGCCCUCUCAUCUUUAAUGCAAGCAUCAUGACAGAUCUGGCUCGUUACACCCGGCAGGGACUGCAUUGGCUUCGGCAGGAUGCCAAGUUGAUAUCUUGAACUGAACAUAUUCUCGUUGCCUCUGAUUUUUUCCACAACACUGUGUCACAUCACAAAGGAAAACUGCCAUAACACACCACCUAGUCGACACUAAGAAUGAGGAAUGGUUUUCUCCUUUUUGGUUUAUAUUGUUGUUUCUUAUAACCCAAAGCCAUCAUAUCAAUUGACCCUUUCAAUAUUCCCAAUGUGACAAGUAUUUAAAUGCUUCUAAACCUGCAGUACAUCAGCAAGAUGGUUUCAGUAAUUGGAAUUCCAGUUACAAUUCAUAAAUAAUCAAGUAAAAUUCUAUUUAUUUUCAUUUUUUUCAAGUUCCCAGAUUGGAGCUUGUUUAAAGCCUAAUUAUUCCUGCCUAUAAAUUUAUUCUGUUGAAUAUUUAGCAUAAA